AUGAUCCGCGGGUUUGCCGCCGGCGGGGGCUGCGAGCUUGCCGUGGCAACCGACCUGCGCAUCGCCGCGGAGGGCAGCCGGCUGGGCAUACCGGUGGCGCGGCUGGGCAUCACCAUCGGGCACCGGGAGAUGUACGGGCUGGUGAACCUGGUGGGCAAGGGCAACGCGCUGUACAUCCUGCUCUCCGGGCGAUUGCUGGAUGCCGACGAGGCCCUGCGCAUCGGCCUGGUGAACCAGGUCGUUCCGGCGGACAAGUUGGAGGAGGUUACGUACAAGCUGGCGGCGGACAUUGCGGCGCUGGCUCCCCUUUCCCACGCCGUCAACAAGAAGACAAUGAACCAGGUGCUGGCCAAGCCGUCGCUGGACCUCACGCCUGACGAAGCCGACCUGCCGCUGACCCAAUUUGACACCCGCGACUACCACGAGGGCUUUCGGGCCUUCCUGGAAAAACGCCGGCCCCAGUUCAUCGGCGAGUAG